UGUCAGGAUGGCUGGCUGUACCUGCCGCUGCAGACAGGGGGUGCUCAAGUUCAUCCAGUCUUUACGCAGACUCGUUUUUGGGACCCUCACUAAAGUAUACCAGAGGCUGUCUGAGUGAUAAACAACCCCCCUGAGAGGACACCAGCUCAUCACAUCAUUACCCAACAUCCAUCUGUCUCUGGCACCCAAAGCACAAAGUUACCAUCAGUACAGUUCCCCAAGUCAAUGAAGGGAGUCCAAUUUGCCAUACCUCUCAUCCCUCCUCCCUCCCUUCAGGAUGACAUGCAUCCUUCGAAACACAACCCAGCCAAGCCACACUGCUUCUUGACACAAUGCCCACUUAACCCAGCCACACCAAUGUGUCGGAAGAAACACUGUACACCUGGUGACCGACCCGCCACAGGAGUUGCUAGAGUGUGAUGGGACAAGAACAUCAGCCAGCUGCGACAGUCCCUGGACCUGAACCAGGAUCGCUAGUGGCACAGUUAGCACUGUGAUACAGUGCCUUAGACAACUGCGCCACUCAGGAGGCCCAGGUUGAUGUUUAUGAGUCUUGUCCAGGAGGCAGAACUAAGUAAUUUCCACUAGAUGGGCCAGCUGCAAAGUCAAAAUUGGCUAUAUUGUAAAAAUUCCUGAAACCAAACAUUUACAUUUUGGUCUUCAUUUAAGGUUAGGGUUAGGCAUUAGGAUUAGCGGUGUGCUUAAGGUUAAGGCUUAAAAAAAAAUCUGAUUUUGUGUCUGUGCCAGGUAGUGACACUCUGCAGAGCUACCUCCAGAACAAGAUUGAUGACAAAAAAUGCUAACCUGCUCCCUCCCUCCUCAAAGGCGGCCGCAUGCUUCCAGACAAGAUUGAUGAUGAGUUGGAGAUGACCAUGGUGUGUCACAGGCCUGAGGGUCUGGAGCAGUUGGAGGCCCAGACCAACUUCACCAAGAGAGAGCUACAGAUCCUCUACCGCGGCUUCAAGAAUGAGUGUCCGAGUGGAGUGGUGAAUGAAGAAACAUUUAAACACAUCUACGCCCAGUUCUUCCCCCAUGGAGAUGCCAGCACUUACGCUCAUUAUCUCUUCAAUGCAUUUGACACAACAAACAAUGGAUCCAUUAAGUUUGAGGAGUUUGUAAUGGGACUGUCUACACUGCUGCGGGGCACUAUGAGAGAGAAGCUGGAGUGGACUUUUCAUCUUUACGACAUCAACAAUGAUGGAUACAUUAACAGAGAGGAGAUGACUGAGAUUGUGAGGGCCAUUUACGACAUGAUGGGGAAAUAUACCUACCCUGCACUCAAGGGAGAUGUCCCUAAACAGCAUGUGGAUGCUUUUUUCCAGAAAAUGGAUAAAAACAAAGCUGGAGUUGUGACUUUAGAGGAGUUCAUUGUCGCAUGCCAGGAGGAUGAAAUGAUGAUGAGAUCCAUGCAGCUCUUCGAAAAUGUGAUGUAAAAAAGGAGCCGAUGGAAGGAAGGAGAGAAUUAGAUAAUGAGAGAGAUUGUGUGUGUGUUUCAGUGCAUUCGUGUGAGUUCAUGUGCGCAUGUGCGUGUGUCCACACAUGUUUGUUUAUCCGUGCGUGUCUGUCAGAGUGGAUGAAUGUGGAUGUAUAUCUAUCUCUCUCAUCCUCUCAUCUAACUUGUCAGCAUUCAUAUGUUUGCCAAAUAAUGUCUCUGCCUGGCUACCUGCCUGGGUAUGGAUCAGAUGAAGCCAGAACCGCUGAGAGAACCCUGCUGAGCCUGGGAGUAUGCAAACGAAUUACCUGGAAAAUGCUUUCUGCCUUUUUAUGUGACAUAAAGGUUUGUAAAUCAGAUGAUCAUACAAUAUAGACUGCAGUGUGACACAGCUGAGAAAACUCAAACCCAUACGCUGCUCCCCGAUUAGGCCUAUGUGGAAACUCCUGAAAGACUCCUGACCCCUACCUGUCAAACACUGAAACUACGCCGGGAUACUUUGGGUUCUUUUGACUCUGUUCUUUUUGCCAAAAUAGAUGCAUGCUUGAGCCAGAGGGACUCCUCCCUCCCUACCAUAGAAAUAGAAUCAUGAUUCUACGUGUAUGCGCCCUACCAACCAUUAGUUUGUCCAGGACUUGGACCUUUAAACUCAUUCAUUCAGUGAUUGAUUUAUCGAUAGCUAUGAUCUACAUAUCUGCUUAUUUAUUAAUGUGUUUAUGCUCGAAAAAUAUGAGGUUGUCCUAAUGUAUUAUUUGUUUGUUUUAAUUGUUGUUUCUGUUUCACUGUUGUCGUGGUGACCUCUGUACCUCUGUUGGCUUGGCUGUCGCACUCCUGUCUAUCCUUGUAAUUGUGUCUGUCCCUGACUGAUGCCUGUUCUACUGUAUGCUUAUAAAUACACCUAAUAGACUUGGUUUAUGACUGAUGAUACAUCCUCUUGUAUGAUGGCUGGAUCAAACUAAUGAUAGAAAAUUAACAUCUGGGUAACUCAACGUGAAAGGUGUUGGUCAUUGGUGUUUUGACUUGUCUGUUGAAGUGUGUAGUGAGGGACACAGGAGUUAAGCUAAACCCCCAAACUCAUCACAGGACAAAAUCAACAUUCUUCUAAUGUGAAACAACUAUAAUUUUUCUUCAACUAAUUACUAAUUUGUGCUGACUUUGUCAGUUCCUCCUCAGUGUACAUUAUGGCAAAUAGAUACAGUGCAUUCGGAAAGUAUUCAGACCCCUUCCCCUUUUCCACAUUUUCUUGUGUUACAGCCUUAUUCUAAAAUUAUUUAAAUUAUUUAUUUGUCUCGUCAAUCUACACACAAUACCCCAUAAUGACAAAGCAAAAACAGGUUUCUAGAAAUGUUUUCUAAUUUAUUAAAUAUAAAAAACACAUUAUUUACAUAGGUAUUCAGACCCUUUGCUAUGAGACUCGAAAUUGAGCUAAGGUGCAUCCUGUUUCCAUUGAUCAUCCUUGAGAUGUGUCUACAACUUGAUUGGAGUCCACCUGUGGUAAAUUCAAUUGAUUGGACAUAAUUUGGAAAGGCACACACCUGUCUAUAUAAGUUUUCACAGUUGACGGUGCGUGUUAGAGCAAAAACCAUGCCGUGAGGUCGAUGGAAUUGUCCGUAUAGCGCAGAGACAAUAUUGUGUCGAGGCACAGAUUUGAGGAAGGUAACCAAAAUAUGUCUGCAGCAUUGAAGGCCCCCAAGAACACAGUGGCCUCCAUCAAGUUUGGAACAACCAAGACUCUUCCGAGAGCUGAAGAAGGGCCUUGGUCAGGGAGGUGUCCAAGAACCCAAUGGUCACUCUGACAGAUCUCUAGAGUUCCUCUGUGGAGAUGGGAGAACCUUCCAGAAGGACAACCAUCUCUCAGAACUCCACCAAUCAGGCCUUUAUAGUAGAGUGGCCAGACAGAAGCCACUCCUCAGUAAAAUGCACAUGACAGCCUGCUUGGAGUUUGCCUUAAGGCACCUAACAACUCUGAGACCAUGAGAAACAAGAUUGUCUGGUCUUAUGAAACCAAGAUGGAACUCUUUAGCCUGAAUGUGAAGUGUCACGCCUGGAAGAAACUUGGCACCAUCCCUACAGUGAUGCAUGUUGGUGGCAGUCAUCAGGAUCGCAGACUGGAGCGAAGGUUCACCUUCCAUCAGGACAAUGACCAUAAGCACACAGCCAAGACAAUGCAGGAGUGGCUUCGGGACAAGUCUCUGAAUGUCCUUAAGUGGCCCAGCCAGAGACUUGAAGAGACCCAGCCUGGACUUGAACCCAAUCUAACAUCUCUGGAGAAACCUGAAAAUAGCUGUGCAGCGAUGCUCCCCAUCCAACCUGACAGAGCUUGAGAGGAUCUGCAGAGAAGAAUGGGAGAAACUCCCCAAAUACAGGUGUGCCAAGCUUGUAGCGUCAUACACAAGAAGACUCAAGUCUGUAAUCGCUGCCAAUAAAGUACUGACUAAAGGGUCUGAAUACUUAUGUAAAUGUGAUGUUUCAGUUAUUUUGUAUAAAUUUGCAAAUGAAUAGUUGAGUUUGUAAAGUUUGAAAAGAGGAAAAAGUGAAGUUGUCUGACUAUUUUACAAAUGCACUAUAGAUAUAUAUUGAUUAUGUUGCAAUUAUUUUUGCCUCAGGUUUCAAAGGGGUAAAUAAUGAUGAAUGAUAAUCAGCGCUUAAAACAAUCUGAAUAUAAAAUGUAACAAAGAGGUUCACCUCAUACAAUACUCUAUCUUUGACUGAGACAGAUAGGAGAGAGCUUAAGCUUUCAUGUUCUGUUGUACAUUGCAAAUGCUACCAAUAAAAUGUUUCGAGAAAA